UCGUCUAACUGUUUACCUUACCGUUCACAAACCAGGGGCCAGUGACGAUCCCGCUUCAAAGUCAACUCUUUUUCCCUUCUUUUGCGCUCUUACUCUCGAGCAGAAGAUCCAAUCGAACUGAGUAAGGAAUUAAAGAAUUUCUUGAUACCCUUACCAAAAGUAUCACACUAUUCAUGUACAAGUCGUUCACCAACAAGUCCUGCUGAAGAGGAGCUUGUCAGUCGAGUUGGAGCAGUCACAUCAACAACAAGUAGAAAUAUAUAAAUAUAAAUUAUUUAUUUUUUAAAUUAAAUUGUUUAAUUUAAUUGUUUAAUUGAUAAAAGUUGAUUAUUAUCAUUAUUUAAUUUUUCAAAUUAAUUUAAAGUAUUGAACAAUCAGGAAAAUGUUUCCUGAUAAAUUAUCAUUUUUUUAUUCAUAAAAAUAAGUUUAUUAUUAUUUUUUUAUUUUUUUGAAAUAAAAGAAAAAGAAACAUUGAAGCAAUUACAAGGAAACACAAAAGUAAAAACGAAUAAACAACAAGACAUAAUCAAGAGAUUAAAAAUAUAAAUUAUUUUUUUCUAUUUCUUUUAAAGAAAAGAUAAUUGAAAAAAAAAAUGAUUGAUAUUAUUAAAUAUAAUAAAAUGAUUGUAUUGGUCAUGGUACUGUUACCAUGUAUCAUAAUAAACUUUGGAAAUUGUGAAGAAUUACUGAUGGGUGGUCAUUUGGAUAAUCAAGAACCGACAACAUCAUCAUCAUCAUCAUCAAAGUCAUUAUAUGAUUAUAAUAAUGAUGACAGUAAUAAUGAUGAUGAUGAUGAUAAUGCUGAUGAUGUUAAUGAUGAUGAUGAAACAUCAUUAACACCAUAUCAUAAUCGGAGACUUGCUGUUGUUAGUGCAAUUCCAUUUGCUUUCAAUGGUGGUCAGCCAUUCUCGCUUGAAAAGGAUCCCGUUACUGGACAAAUCAACUUUGAUAAAGCACCACCGUUGAAAGCCCUCAAUUAUACCGGUUCAUAUAAUACAGCUGGUAAUAAUAAUAAUAGUAAUAAUGAUGAUGAAUUAAUAAAUGAGGAAAGCGAGAUUAUAUCGCCAAUUACUGAAAAACGAGAUAAACUUGAAUUACGUAAUGAUAAUAAUGAUGAUGAACAACAAAUACCAAAUGAAAUUAAUCCAUAUACACCAAGUUUUUAUGAUUUUUUAAAUAUACCAGCACAUUAUUCAAAUCAUGAAAAAUAUACAAGUGAUAAAUAUCCAUUAAUAUCAAGUUCAUAUGCAAAUACUAAAGUACAAGGUAGUCCUGGUAGUUAUAAUGCAUAUAUGGUUAAUAAUCAUAAAAAUUAUGAUAAUAAUAAUUCAGGAAAAACAUCAACAUCAACAUCAUAUGCUAAUACAAGAAAACCAUUUUUAUCAAAACCAUUACCAACAAGAGGAACAAAAGGUACAACAACAACAACAACUACAACAACUACUACUACAACACCAAAACCACCACCACCAACUACAACGACAACAACAACAACAACGACGACAACAACUACAACACCAAAACCAACAACAACUUCUACUACUACUACUACUACUACUACAACACCCAGGCCAACGACCAGAAGGUCGACGACACCAACUACAAUAACAACCAAGAAAAUUCCAACAUCUACACAACCGGUAACUACCUGGAAACCAUCAAGACCAAUUGAACGUUUUACAGAUAAUUAUGAAUUGCCUAUUGAAAAAAUGCAAUCAACAACAAUUAAAGUUAAUGAUUAUCAUGACUCAUACAGUUCACUUGAACGAGUUGAUUAUAUGGAUGGAUAUGAAGAUUAUGAUAAUGAAGAUAAACAUACUAAUAUAGAAAAAAUUUCAAGUACAAGUACAACUACAACAACACCUAAACCAAUGACAACAUCAACAAUUUCAACAUCUACAUCAUCAACAACAACAACAACAACACCAGAGCCAGAGCCAGAGCCAUCAUCAGAAACUCCAGUAAAUGUAAAAAGUAAUAUUGUAUUUGAAGAUACAAAUCAACCACAAAUUUUUUCAACUUUUAAUAAUAACAAUAAUAAUAAUAAUAAUAAUAAUAAUAUGGAUAAUGUUGUAAUAAAUGGUCAUCAAAAUCCACAAAAAACUUAUUCUGGUAUAGUUGUUGAAUCAUCAAGUAAUGUUGUUGUACCACCAGAUCAAGAUACAAUAUCAUUUGUUCUUGGAAAUCAUCAAAAUGUUGGUUCAUCAUAUUAUGCACAAGGUAGUGCUAUUCCAGAAUCACCAUAUGGUGAAAAUGGACCAAUAAUUGAUCAUAUAGAUACUCAUAUAGAUCAAAAUGGAUUUCAACAAGAUUUAUCAAUUGGUAAACCAGUUACUGAAUCAGUAUCUAUAUAUCCAGUAUCUCAUCAAAGUCAUAUUGAUACUCAAACACAACAAAAAUGGUGGUAUAAUAGUGAACAAUCAGAAAAAUCACAAAGUUUAGCUGAAAAAAGUAAAGAUGAUCGUGUUAAUGUUAUUGCUGGUUAUAGAAUUGGUUUUCCAGCAUCAGAUAAUCCAUCAUCAUCAUCAUCAUCAACUACAACAACAACAACAACAACAACAACAAAUCAACCAUCAACAACAAUUGCAUCAACAACUGUUGCAAUAGUAUCACAAAAUGAACAAUUAUCAUCAUUAUCAGAAAUAUUAACACCACCAAUUGUUGAAAAUAAUCAAAGACCAAUUCAAACUGAUCAAAGACCAAUUUCAACUGGUCAACGACCACAUUUUUAUCAGUCACAUCAACAGCAGCAACAGCAGCAGCAGCAGCCUCAUCAACAAUAUCAACCACAUCAAUCACAUCAGCCUCAUCAAUCUCAUCCACCACAUCAGUCACAUUCACCACAUCAACCACAUCAAUCACAUCAACCACAUCAACCACAUCAUUAUUAUUCUCAUAAUCAACGACCAGUUGAAAUGCCAUCACGUGUACAACGUUUACCAAUUAAUACAAAUAAUUAUAAAACACGUAAUCCUGGUCAACAACAAAUGGGUGUAAAAUUACCAAAUAUAUUACCACAAUUUCGUCCAUCACAAAGACGUGGUAGUGAAGCAAUUGGUACAAUGAUUGUACAAAAUACUCAAAAAUAUCAAAAUCCUCAACGUUUACCAGUUAGACCACCAUUACCAUUAUCAACAGGACCAGUUUCAUUACACAGACAAUCACAACGUCGUCCUCCUCAAAUUAUGUCACAUCUUCAAAGAUUAAAUCCACCACCACCACCACCAUCAGUUAUACCAACAUCACCACCAAUUAAUUCACUACGUUUACCAUUAGCAGCUGCAUUAGUAUCUGAUUCUCGAGGUCAAUCAUCUGAAAAUAUAAAAAUUAUACAAAAAGAUUAUACACAAACUCAUCGACCAACAACAAAACUUGAUAUUCAAAUUGAUGAAAGAACACGUACUGGUAGUAAUAUUAAUUCAAUUAAUAAAUUACGUUUAAAUGAUGAUGAUAAUGAUGAUGAUAAAAAUAAUAACAACGAUGAUAAUAAUAAUAAUAACAAUAAUAAUGAAAAAGAUUUAAAUGAUUCAUCUAUAUUACCAUUAGGACCACCAGUAUUUAUAAAACGUAAAUUACGUAAUGAUACUAAAAUUUCAACAUUACAAAUGAUACAACAGCAACAAAUUGAGACUGAUAUUGUUAAUGAUGAUGAAUUAGAAAAUACUAAAACUAAAAAUAAUCAAGAAAUUCAAAGUGAUGAAGCACAAUCAGAGCCUGAUAGACGAGUUGAUGAAUCACCAGUUUAUGUUGUUUAUCCAGUAAAAGGUGCAUUAGAUAUACAAUCAGAUACAAUUGAUUCAGAUGAAAAAAAUAUUGCUGAGAGUGUUGUUAUUGGUACACUUGGUGCUCAAAGACCAUUACCACCAGAUACAUUAUCUCAACAACAUGAAAAUGAUGAAGAAGUUGGUUCACAAUCACCAUCACCAGUAAGACUUGGAUCAGAUUUUCCAUAUCCACUUGAAAAACCAGAUUCAUCAAUGUUCAUUGGUACAAUUAAAGAAAAACCAUUAUUAGUACCAAAUGAACAUAGUCAUCAUAAUUAUCAUUUUUAUGAUCCAAAUGAAGAACAACUAAAACAAGAUAAUGAUAAUAAUGAUGAACAAGAACAACAACAACAUCAACAACAACAAGAAGAGGAAGAUGUAUUUUUAAGAGAUCAAAAAGAUAAAGAUACAAGUGUUAAUAUUAUUCCAUAUCUUCAAGAUCACAUACCAUUUUCAAUAAAACAAAAUGCAAUAUCAACAACACUUCAUCUUGGACCAAAACUUGGACCAUCAGCAUCAACUGAAACACCAAUUGCAUAUGUAUAUACACCAACAAUAAAAUCACAAGUUAAUCGUAAUAAUGAUGCAUAUGAUAGAAAUCCAGUUUUAUUACCAUCACAACAACCAUCAAGUUCAUCAAGUUCUGCACCAUCACCACAAAAUUUUAUGGCACCAUUUGUACCAAGUAUAAGUGCUGAAACACCAUCUAAAAAUGGCUGGAGUGUUGUUACUAAAAUUGAUAAAACAUCAGAUGAUAAUAAAAAUAAUAAAAAUAAUAAUUCUGAAACAGAUGAAAGAAAUAUUAAUUCAACAAUUAUUUCAAAUGAUAAAUUAGAAGAUAGAAUUGAUCAAGAUAAAACAGAUGAUAAUACAGAUAAUGAUUUUGAUCCAGAAAAUUUUAAACCACAAUUAUUCAGUGGUUUUCAACCGAUAUAUAAAUUUCCAUCAGAAUCAAAUGAUAAUUCUGGUGAUGAAAAAAUUCAUGAAAAAAAUACAGACAUGAUGGAACAACCGCGGGCCAAAGAAUCAACACCGCAAUAAGUAUAAUAAUAUUUAAAUAACAUUUUUUUUUUUUUUUUUAAUACGUUUAUUUGACUACUA